GUUUUUGUUGGUUAGUAUUGAGAUUUUUUUAUUUUUGAACAUUUGUGAAAAUUCUAAGAUAAUUUAAUUUCUAUUUAAUAUUUUAAUAACACUGAGAGAUCUUUAAUCAGUUUUUAUGGCAAAAACAGGCAUUGUAGUUAAACAGUUCUUGAGGAAAUACGGUGCCGUGAUUUUUUUCCCAACCUUUACUGCAUCAACAAUUUUGGCAGAUUUAAAUCAUACCAGAAAUUGGAAACGUGAACAAGAACAACUGAAGAAGGAAAGCAUAAAUUAA